AUGAAAUUUAAAAGAGAUGAAAAUCAAAAUAGUACCCACCAUAGAGGUAAUAAAAAUAAUACCAACAAUGACGACGAUGAUAAAGAAGAGGAAGAAGAAAUAAUAAAUGAUACAACAAUGCCACCAUUAAACAAUGAAGAAAAAUAUUUUUUAAAAAAGAUUUUUCCCUUUUUACCAAGUAGAUCAAGUUCCAGUACAUCGAAAUUAAUUUUUAGUUUAAUUUUAGAUUUAGUUGGAUUCUUUACACAGAUUAUACCAAUAUUUGGUUUUGCAUUUUGGCCAUCAAUUUCAACUUAUUUAAUUUUUAAAGUUUAUGGUUCAGGUUUACAUUUAUGUGUUUCAUUUUUAGAAGAAACUGUAACUAUUUAA